ACCUCUUGUGCCUAUACUAGCGUGCUUUUUAUUGGUUGUAUUAACCAGAUGACGAGACCCUGAAAACAAGCUUGUUCGCUACUUUUUGUUUCUGAGGUCGCCUAUAGGCAUGUUUCAUAUCAUUGACAUAAACUACUAUCUGUGAACGGCUUGAGACCAAAAAAUCGGCACACUCGAUGGACUAAGAUAGGGUGGCAAUCAGACACUGCCAGUUAUCAUCAUCGUUUUCCAUGCUUUGAUUCGAAAAGUACCGAAUACCCUCACAGACCUUUUCCACUGAGCUAUACAGUCAGGAAGCACAUUGCGGAGCCACAUAAUCGAUUCCUGCAUUUGCGUUUUGUUACGGAGAGAUCAAAAUGCGAAUCUGAGGAAUCAACGGUUAAUAGCAUCAGUUCUACUUGUAUAAUAUGCCGCAGAAUGAGCAUAUUGAAUUACACAGGAAGCGGCAUGGUUAUAGGUUCGACUAUUUCGAGCGAAGGCGGAAGCGGGAAGCUCGAGAGCCGCACGAGCGUAGUGCCAAAGCGAUGAAGCUCCGCGGAAUAAAGGCCAAACUGGCGAACAAGGAAAGGUUCAAAGAGAAGAUUCGCAUGAAAAAGACUUUACGCAUGCAUGAACUAAAGAAGAUCAAUCAGAAAUCAGGUGAUGCAGGAGGCUUUGGUGAGAAACCAGCCUACCUCCUGGAUCGUGACGAGCAGGUUUCUGCCAAGGUGUUGUCAAAUACUGUCAAACAGAAACGUUCAGAGAAGGCUGGAAAAUGGGAAGUUCCGCUACCGAAAGUUCGCAGUAUUGCAGAAUCGGAAGCAUUCAAAGUUGUACGAACGGGAAAAUCAAGACGAAAAGCUUGGAAACGAAUGGUGACCAAAAUGUGUUUUGUUGGGGAUACCUUCACCCGGAAACCACCCAAGUUUGAGCGAUUUAUCAGACCAAUGGGAUUGCGCGUUCGCAAGGCUAACGUUACUCAUCCGGAGCUAAAGGCUACAUUUCAACUUCCAAUAAUUGGCGUGAAAAAGAAUCCAAGCUCACCAAUGUAUACGAAUCUUGGUGUUGUUACAAAGGGUACAAUAAUCGAAGUCAAUGUGAGUGAUCUCGGUUUAGUAACCCCAGGUGGGAAAGUAGUCUGGGGGAAAUACGCUCAAGUAACCAACAAUCCGGAGAACGAAGGAUGCGUAAACGCGGUGCUGAUCGUGUGACGUGCCCUAGUACUUGUAUAUGCGGUUUACUCCUGUUCAAAAAAUCUACAAUCGGCCGCUAGUACUUUUUUAUUUUUUUGCGGUCGGGAACUUUGGAUU